AGAGAGAGAGAGAGAGAGAGAGAGAGUCGUUGGGAUUGGAUGAUCUCAUCUCGACUGGCUCUCUCCAGUCCUGUUCCAUUCUCUUGAAUUGAAGCCAUCGACGACCCUGCCUGCCAUCCUCAACCUUAGAAUUCACGCACGAACAUCAAAAGAUUUCGACAUACACACAGGGGACUGGGACUUGCAGUCGAAUUCGCUCUCUGUUUCGGGACUUUCUAGCCUUCUGGGUCGAUCCAAUAUGGCCGCCACCGACAAAGGCAUAAGCUUGGAGGAAAUCAAGAACGAGACUGUUGAUCUGGAAAAGAUUCCGAUCGAAGAAGUGUUCGAGCAGCUAAAAUGCACGACGAACGGUCUGACCGCCCAGGAAGGGGAGAGCCGGCUUCAGAUCUUCGGGCCCAACAAGUUGGAGGAGAAGAAGGAAAGCAAGCUACUCAAGUUUCUGGGGUUCAUGUGGAAUCCGCUGUCGUGGGUCAUGGAAGCCGCCGCUCUGAUGGCCAUCGUGCUCGCUAACGGCGAAGGACAGCCUCCGGAUUGGCAGGACUUUGUGGGCAUUAUUUGCUUGCUGGUGAUCAACUCCACCAUCAGUUUCAUCGAAGAGAACAAUGCUGGUAAUGCCGCGGCUGCUCUCAUGGCUGGUCUCGCCCCGAAAACUAAGGUACUCCGGGACGGCAAAUGGACCGAGCAAGACGCUGCUAUUUUGGUUCCGGGAGACAUCAUUAGCAUCAAACUGGGAGACAUUAUCCCCGCAGAUGCCCGCCUUCUUGAGGGUGACCCCUUGAAGGUCGACCAAUCUGCUCUCACCGGAGAAUCUCUUCCGGUUACCAAAAAUCCCUCGGAUGAAGUUUUCUCCGGCUCAACCUGCAAGCAAGGAGAAAUUGAGGCUGUCGUGAUUGCCACUGGCGUCCACACGUUCUUCGGCAAAGCGGCACAUCUCGUCGACAGCACGAACAAUGUCGGGCACUUCCAGAAAGUGCUGACGGCGAUCGGGAACUUCUGCAUCUGUUCUAUCGCAGUUGGCAUGUUGGUUGAGAUUAUCGUGAUGUACCCGAUUCAGCACCGCAAGUACAGGGACGGGAUCAACAACCUCUUGGUCCUUUUGAUCGGUGGAAUCCCCAUUGCCAUGCCGACCGUUCUCUCAGUCACAAUGGCCAUUGGGUCCCACCGUCUAUCUCAGCAGGGCGCGAUCACAAAGAGGAUGACUGCCAUUGAAGAAAUGGCAGGAAUGGACGUCCUCUGCAGUGAUAAGACCGGGACGCUGACUCUCAACAAGCUGAGCGUAGACAAGAAUUUGGUCGAGGUUUUCGCGAAAGGAGUGGAGAAGGAACACGUGCUCUUGCUGGCCGCAAGGGCUUCUAGGACAGAAAAUCAAGAUGCGAUUGAUGCAGCCAUCGUCGGCAUGCUCGGUGAUCCGAAGGAGGCAAGAGCUGACAUUAGGGAGGUUCACUUCUUCCCUUUCAAUCCUGUGGAUAAGAGAACUGCUUUGACUUAUGUGGAUUCUGCCGGACAUUGGCACCGGGCAAGCAAAGGAGCUCCCGAGCAGAUUUUGACUCUUUGCAAUGCAAGGGAUGAUCUUAGGAAGAAAGUUCAUGCUAUAAUUGAUAAAUUCGCCGAACGUGGGCUUCGGUCACUGGCCGUUGCCAGACAGGAAGUGCCUGAGAAAACGAAAGAAAGUCCUGGUGGCCCUUGGCAGUUUGUUGGCUUACUGCCUCUUUUUGAUCCUCCAAGGCAUGACAGUGCCGAAACAAUUCGUAGAGCUCUUAAUCUCGGUGUUAAUGUCAAGAUGAUCACAGGUGAUCAACUUGCCAUUGCCAAGGAGACAGGACGGAGACUUGGAAUGGGAACAAAUAUGUACCCGUCUGCUUCUUUACUUGGCCAAGACAGGGAUGCAAGCCUAGCAGCUCUUCCCGUGGAAGAAUUGAUCGAGAAGGCCGAUGGAUUUGCCGGUGUCUUUCCUGAGCACAAAUAUGAAAUUGUGAGGAAGUUGCAAGAGAGCAAGCACAUUUGUGGAAUGACUGGUGAUGGUGUGAACGACGCCCCUGCUUUGAAGAAGGCGGAUAUCGGAAUCGCCGUUGCUGAUGCCACAGAUGCUGCACGAGGCGCUUCUGAUAUUGUCCUUACUGAACCUGGUUUGAGCGUUAUCAUCAGCGCUGUGCUCACCAGCAGAGCUAUAUUCCAAAGGAUGAAGAACUACACAAUUUAUGCAGUGUCGAUUACCAUCCGUAUUGUGUUCGGUUUCAUGCUUAUUGCUUUGAUAUGGAAGUUCGACUUCUCUCCAUUCAUGGUUUUGAUCAUUGCAAUCCUAAAUGAUGGAACGAUCAUGACAAUCUCAAAGGACCGUGUGAAGCCGUCUCCUGUGCCCGAUAGUUGGAAGCUGAAAGAGAUAUUCGCAACCGGCAUCGUUCUCGGAGGUUACUUGGGACUGAUGACCGUCAUAUUCUUCUGGACAAUGAAGGAAACCGACUUCUUCCCUGAAAAAUUCAAGGUGAGACCAAUAAGGGACAGUCCCAAAGAAAUGAUGGCCGCUUUAUACCUACAAGUGAGCAUUGUGAGCCAGGCCUUGAUUUUCGUGACUCGUUCUCGAAGCUGGUCAUAUGUCGAACGCCCUGGACUGCUGCUAGUUAGCGCAUUCAUAAUUGCGCAACUGGUGGCUACUUUGAUAGCUGUAUAUGCCGACUGGGGCUUUGCCGACAUCAAAGGAUGUGGUUGGGGAUGGGCCGGGGCUAUAUGGGUGUACAGCGUCGUCUUUUACGUGCCAUUGGACAUCAUCAAAUUUGCGAUUCGCUACAUCUUGAGCGGAAAGGCAUGGCUCAACUUGCUGGAGAACAAGACGGCCUUCACCACCAAGAAGGAUUAUGGUAAGGAGGAAAGAGAAGCUCAAUGGGCGCUCGCUCAGAGGACUCUCCAUGGCCUCCAGCCGCCGGAGACUUCCACCAUCUUCUCGGACAAGAACAGCUACAGAGAGCUGUCAGAGAUCGCAGAGCAGGCCAAGAGACGAGCUGAGGUCGCAAGGUUGCGGGAGAUCCAGACGCUCAAGGGCCACAUGGAGUCGGUGGUGAAGCUCAAGGGCUUGGACAUCGACACGAUUCAGCAGCAUUAUACAGUGUGAAUUUCACUAAGAUGUUGCACUCAGUGUUUGCCUGAGAGGCAAAGUCCAUGCCAAGAUGAUCCUAAGAAGAGAGCCCCAACUAGUUCAACCUCGGUUCAUAGGGAGAGGAUAUCUAUAGUUACUUGGAACUUCACUUGCUCAUGUAAUCUCAAGCAGCAUAAGAAGAGCUGAUGUUUGAUCUGUUCUUCUUCUUUAUUUGCUUUUACUCUUUCUUUUUGGGGUCUCUGAUCUCCUAGAAGCAAUGUGACUUGGUGGUUAUCUUUAAUCUUUACUCUCAAUUUUCAUCCCU